AAAAAGACACAAAAAAUAUAUAAAAAAAAAAAUAAAAAGCAAGGGACGACGUGGGGCGCGUGGGAGUGUCAAUCUGGAGCGCCGUUAGCAUAGCACGCCUCCUGUGUUUUGACUUCCGUCUCGACGUCUCCGCUAGACCCGGGCAGAGAUGGCGAGUGUUUGACGCGGUCGUCGCCAGCAUGGAGUUGAAUUAACGCCAGAAAACGAGACCAGGGGAGAUUAGUGAAGCGCGCACGGACGCUAUCUGCCGCCGCCGCGGAUGACGCCGAGCCUGGCUGCUGGGAGAUAAGCGCUGUCUGUAUUGGUGACACUCACACAUAUAUAUAUAUAUACACACACACACACACACACAUGACUGGUCCGUUAUGGUCGUCGCGCGCGCUCCUCUAAAGCUUGGCCUUUAAACGCAUACAGUAUCUGCGACUGUGGAAGUUUGCGCCGCGGUAUUAAUGCUGUCGACAGUCACCCCUGACCUGUCUCCUGAGAGCCCUCUACUCGGCACCCUUCCGCUGCCACCAUCUCGCUCACGCACUAGCGGCCCCAGCAGCGGCCCCACCACCCAUCCUCCCGCCGAGCCGCCUGCGCGACCACACCGGAAGCGCAGCGGCGAGGCCGGAAGCGGCAGCGCUAGCCCACCUGUCCGUGGCGCCAUGGAGGUGGGUAUGCGCGUGGUGCGUGGGGUUGACUGGAAGUGGGGCAAUCAGGACGACGGCGAGGGCCACGUGGGCACAGUCGUGGAAGUGGGGCGCCAGGGCAGCACCAGCACACCUGACAAGACAGUAGUGGUGCAAUGGGACAGUGGCACUCGAACCAACUACCGCACCGGCUACCAGGGUGCCUACGACCUGCUGCUUUACGACAACGCACAGAUCGGUGUCCGGCACUCGAACAUCAUCUGCGACAGCUGUAAGAAGCACGGCAUCAUGGGAAUGCGUUGGAAAUGCAAGGUGUGCUUCGACUACGAUCUGUGCACGCAUUGCUACAUGAACAACAAACACGACCUCUCGCACGCCUUCGAGCGCUACGAAACAGCGCACUCGCAGCCGGUCAGCUUGGCACCAAGGCAAAACCUGUCACGGAUUAUACUUAAGGGAAUCUUCCAGGGUGUAAAAGUUGUGCGUGGACCCGACUGGGAUUGGGGCAACCAAGACGGAGGAGAGGGGAAGAUCGGGAAGGUGGUUGAUAUCCGAGGUUGGGACCAGGAGUCGGGACGCAGCGUGGCCAGUGUCACCUGGUCCAACGGCACCACCAACGUCUACAGGAUGGGUCACAAGGGCAAGGUGGACCUCAAAUACGUCUCAGAUGGCCAAGGAGGUUAUUACUACAAGGAGCACCUGCCCAAACUAGGUGAGCAUGCAGAACUGCAGAGGCAGGAGAGCGCUGAUGGUCACACAUUCCAGCAGGGGGAUAAGGUAAAAUGCCUGCUGGAAGUAGACAUCCUCAGGCAGAUGCAGGAGGGACACGGAGGCUGGAAUCCUAAAAUGGCAGAGUACAUCUGCAGAAUCGGGACUGUACACAGGAUAACAGACCGAGGGGACGUCAGAGUCCAAUACAGUAACAAUAUACGCUGGACUUUCCAUCCAGGCGCUCUGACUAAAGUGAACACGUUUGCAGUGGGUGAGUUGGUGAGGGUACUGGAUGACAUCGAGACUGUGAAGAGGCUGCAAGAUGGCCAUGGAGAGUGGACCGACAGCAUGGCACCUGCCCUGGGCCAGGUCGGCAAGGUUUUGAAAGUAUAUGCAGAUGGUGACCUGCGUGUAGCGUUUGGAGGACAAACGUGGACUUUUAACCCUGCGUGUCUCUCGGCUCAGCCUGGCGAAGUGGACGCCAAUCUGAUGACAGCCGAGAACCCGAGUGAAUCCAGAACCACAGUCAUUUCAGUCCUGGAGAAGCUGUUGUCUCAGUCUACGGAGCAGGACAACCCAGGACGUCUGGUCAUCGAGGCUGCUCACGGCAGCGCUGCUAAAGUCCGAGAACUUGUCCAGAAACAUCCGGAUAAGGUGGAUAUAAAGAACCAGGGGAAGACGGCUCUCCAGGUGGCUGCUCACCAGGGCCAUAUGGAAGUAGUGAAGGUCCUGCUGCAGGCCAACAGUAACAUUGAAGCCAAGGAUGAAGACGGAGAUGCAGCGCUGCACUACACUGCAUUCGGGAACCAAGCAGAAAUCGCCCGCCUCCUCCUGAGCAAAGGGGUCAGCGUCAACUUGCUGAACAACUCCAUGUGUACGGCUCUGCAUAUCGCAGUCAACAAGGGCUUCACGGACGUAGUGAGGGUACUGACCGAGCACUCUGCCGACGUCAACCUGCAGGACUCGUACGGGGACACACCUCUGCAUGAUGCCAUCGCUAAGGACUUCCGGAGCAUCAUCGAGAUCCUGAUCGUGGUGCGCAAUAUUGACUUUACGCAGCAGAACAACCGUGGCUUUAAUCUGCUGCACCAUGCCGCCCUGAAAGGCAACAAACUUGCGACAGAGAUGAUCCUGGCGCGUGCCCGGCAGCUGGCCGAUGUGAAGAAGGAAGACGGCUUCUCUGCUCUUCACCUGGCCGCUCUCAAUAACCACUACGAUGUGGCCGAGAUCCUCAUCAAAGAGGGACGCUGCGACGUCAACAUCCGGAACAACCGGGGUCAGACGCCCCUGCAGCUGGCGGUCACUCAGGGCCACAUGCAGCUGGUGGAGCUUCUAGUGAUGGAGGGAGCCAACGUGAAUGCGGAGGAUGAGGAGGGAGACACGGCCAUGCACACGGCCCUCAGCCGCCAACAGCUCACCACCACCCUGAGCAGCACAGAGAGAGAUGCCUCAAACCUCUACACCCGAUUGAGCGGCUCGGGGCUGCUGGGGAACACUGAGCUAAAUGUCGGGGCUGCCAUCGCCUGUUUUCUGGCUCAAGAGGGUGCUGAUAUAAACUACGCCAACCAUAAAGGCAAGAGUCCACUGGACUUGGUGACCGAUAGCAUCAUCUUACAGCUGAUCAGGAGCUUCUCCGAGAAAUACCGUCUGCAGGCUGGUACAUGUGGGACGGGCGGGAGCGGGAGCAGCAGCCUGAGGCGGGUCCACACAACGCCCAACACCAUGACCAACCUCGUCAUGCCCAGCGCACCAGGCCCGAGCGAGUGCCUCAUCUGUUCCGAGCUCGCCCUGCUUGUGCUCUUCGCCCCAUGCCAGCACAGCGUCGCCUGCGAAGAAUGUGCUCACAGAAUGAAGAAAUGCAUUAAAUGCCAGGUCACGAUCACCAAGAAAAUACGACAAGACCAGACAGAGGUAGACAGCAGUCCGAACUCGGAGAGCUCAGAACAGCACCACCUGCUGGAGCAGCUGCAGUCACGCUACAGGCAGAUGGAGGAGCGCAUCACUUGCCCCAUCUGCAUCGACAACCAGAUCAAGCUCGUGUUUCAGUGCGGCCACGCCUCCUGCAUGGAGUGCAGCUCCGCUCUCAAAACCUGUCCCAUAUGCCGGCAGAGCAUCCGAGAGAGGAUCCAGCUCUUCGUUUGAUCGAUGUGUGUGCACUCGCCCGCUCGCUAGCUCACAUACAGAACGGUGUGUGUCACGGUUUACUGGAGGGGCGGGAGAAUGAGCAGGGUGGGGGUGUGUAUGGGUAGGGAGAAUGGGCAGAGGGGGGAUGUAGGAUGUGCUGUAUUUAAUCAAUCAGCCUGACUUCUCUUCAUGAUUGUCCUGCUCGUGUGGACUUGGCCAUCGUUUAUGCGUGCACCUUCUUUUCCGUCAAAAAGAAAAAUGCAGGCACGCGUCACCCCCAAACUAAACAGCGACUCAUCAACUGCUUUCUGUGAAAUUUCCUCCUUUUAUUUGAUUAUUUGCUGACUCACUGUAGCUCGGAGAUGUUUACAGACUGACGCUAUUGUUAGAGUUCCUGUGAAAAACCUCCUAAACCUCUCUACGGAUGUAGGAUUGUUGCAGCUGGGUGCACAGCCACGAAUGGCGCUGGACUAUUUUUGGAAGUCAUACAGACUGCUACUUUAAGUUUCACAUCGACACACAGUGCGUCCCUCCUGAUCCCUCCCAGUAGACCCCAAACAGCUUUCCACAAGUGAAGGAUAUACAGUGCAUGCUGAUAUGCAUAUUAUCUAUAUGAUAUAUUGUGACAUGGAUUACAUUUGUGGUGUUCUAAGGCAAUCAGACUUUUUUUUAAUUAUUAAUAUUAUUAUUAUUAUUUAUGCGUGAAGGCAUCCUGUAGCCCCGAGGUCAAAUGAAGGAGGGCUGAGCAAGGAAACUCGCCGCGCUGCUUCUAGAUGUUAAUUUAUUCAAAAGGCUAACUCGCAAAGAAAAUGAAUAAGUAAAAGGUCAUUAACUUUUCGUAGGGGUCAGUUUACUGAAGGAAGUUGAUUUAAAUAGAGUAUGAGACACUAAACUGAAGGACGACACUGACUGAAAGAUGUCAAGCAUCGAAACGUAAACAUUCGAUCCAAUCAAAGUGUCUUUGUAACCUUUAAAGAAGGAAAUGAAUGAAUUUUGAAGGAUGGCAUGGCAUUCGGAAAAUGUCAGCCCUCUGGAGUGACGUCUCAAGUAACCGUUUAUGUCCUCUGUGCUUGUAUGGUUUGAUGCAACAAUAUCGAUCAGAGAUCAGGUUUUCAGCUCUUUAAUGUCAUAACGCAUUAAUCUAGGAUAAACUGAUCGUAGAUCUGAACUGGGACUUUUCAGCCAAUCCUUUAUUCUUUUUAUUUGUCCCCAAAGUGGGAACGUUUUUUCCCAGUCUAAUUUUGUACAUUAGUUGUUUAAGACUGCUGCUUAUUUUUGUGAUGCAUUAUGAUAAGGAAGUGUCCUGUGGGUUUGCUGUUUACUAAGCAGGACGAACACUAACUAUACGACGGUUAUUUUCGUUGUUAAUUUUCUCAAAGGUUAAAAUGUAAAAUACAACAGAAUCACCAAAAAAAAAAAAAAAAAAAAUGUGCGUUUGUCAAUAAGUGUCUUAACAUUUGUUCAACUUCCCUUAACCUAACCUGAGUUGCGUGUGUUUUUGUUCCAGAAGGGCUCGCUGUAUCGUAUGCGUCAAAGAAAAUCUAUUUUAACUGUUACUAGUUCAUUUUGUAUUACGCUCCACAUCAAACGCAAUGGGGUUUUGUAGAUUCUGUAUCCGGGCUAGUUGAGAUGCUACCAUGUACAUAUAUUGGAAUGUCGGUGAUGAGAUCCUGCUGCAUCACAGCUUGAGCAUGCUAGCAAAGUAAAAAUGAAUAUCAGUGCCAAAUUUAACAUAUCAACAAAAAAAAUAAUGAGACACGUGUAUUAAUUCUUCAUACAAGUGUAUGAAGUCUGUGUGAACUUCUCAUGAAUUAUGAGACAUCAGUAUUUGUUUAUGAUUUCACAAAACUUGAGUUUUAUUUAAAACUUUUGGGUAACAUCAAAGCCUUCCUGUCUUUGCAAAUAGCUGGAAUUAGUGGAAAUAUGUACUAUAGACAAACUGUAGACAUUCAGAAAGAGCCUAUUAAACAAUGAACUCCGUGUCAUUUAACCAAGAUAUCUGAUUUCGACAUGUUUUGAAGCAAGAUGUGAAUAGCAGGAGUGUGUAAAUGCCUUGUCUUUUGUGUUGUCAAGUGUGUUUAUAACAAAAUUCCUGUUGUUGUUGUUUUUUCUUUUUUAUAAAGGGAAUUAUAAUAGUCCUUUUUUUUUUUUUUUACUUUUUUUUGGCAGUAAUUGCAGUACAUACAGUAGUGUGUAUAACAGUGGUGUCUAGCUUGCCCGUCAGAGGUUGUAUUUCAGCUUAGAAUGGCUCUGGAAAAAGGCUAUUCCAUUUAAUCUCAGAAACGAUGCAUAUAUUCAACUGGCAUGUUCAUAGCGAGAAUUCAGACGGCAGCAGACGUAGAGUAGGAGGGCGAUAAAGGCAUAGGGUUCGUCGGCGAUAAAAGAGUAUUUAAAGUGUUACUGUUGAUGUUUGUACAGUUCAGCACGCAACAUUCUGAUGUUGGCCUUACUGUCCAUUCCAGUUUUUUUGUUUUUUUUUAAGUUUAACUGUACAAAAUAUUUUGCAAUAAAUAUGGAACUGUUUUAUAGAG